AUAGAGAUAUGACGGUCUUUAACCUAAGUUUUCUCUAUUAUCAUGAUGUAAAUAUCUCACAUAAGCACCGGUCUCAAAUUUAACUUUUCGGACAACCUUACAAAAUGUUUUCUCGACUUUGUCAAAGAUCAGUGUCCCUCGGCAGGGCAGCCAUAUUGCAGAGAUACCAGAGUACAUUGGUGGUUGCUGAACACAAUAAUGAGAAAUUGUCACCCGUCACACUCAAUACCAUAACAGCUGCCAGUAAAAUAGGCGAUGUCACAUGUCUGGUUGCUGGAUCACAGUGUAGUAAGGUAGCAGAAGAAGUGAGUAAAGUGACAGGGGUACAGAAAGUUUUGCUAGCUGACAAUGAGGCAUACAAAGGUUUCUUAGCAGAGUCCCUGACACCUCUGGUGGUAGCUUUACAGAAACAGUUGAAUUUUGAAUAUAUCCUGGCAAGUGCCACUGCUGUAGGAAAGAAUUUUAUGCCCCGUGUUGCUGCCAAGCUUGAUGUAUCUCCUAUAUCAGAUAUUACUGGUGUCAAAGACAAAGACACUUUUGUGAGGACCAUUUAUGCAGGAAAUGCUAUACAAACAUUGAAGUCAAGUGACCCAGUCAAAGUCAUUACAGUCAGAGGGACAGCAUUUGAUGCCGCCCCUACAUCUGGAGGGUCAGGAAGCUCAGAAAAUGCUCCAACAGUUGAAGUACAGAAUAGCCAGUCAGAGUUUGUGGGUCAGGAAUUGACCAAGAGUGAUCGACCAGAAUUAACAGGGGCCAGAGUAGUGAUAUCAGGGGGUCGUGGUAUGAAGAAUGGAGACAAUUUCAAACUUCUGUAUGAACUUGCUGACAAGAUGAACGCUGCUGUCGGUGCCUCACGUGCGGCUGUAGAUGCAGGCUUCGUACCAAAUGACAUGCAGAUUGGACAAACUGGAAAAAUUGUUGCACCAGACCUGUACAUAGCAGUAGGAAUAUCAGGGGCCAUUCAACAUUUGGCUGGUAUGAAGGACAGUAAAGUAAUUGUUGCUAUAAAUAAAGACCCAGAGGCCCCAAUUUUCCAAGUGGCUGACUAUGGUCUAGUCCAGGACCUUUUUAAGGCUGUUCCAGAGAUAACUACCAUGGUCAAAUAAAGGACACCGAGAGGGCCUAUUCAAACAACUCAAGUGUACAACCAAAUACAAAUAUUUGUUUAACAAAUGAACGAUUAAAAUCUGUCUGAAUGUGAAAUCUAGACAUAUUUUAUUCUAGAGAAGUAACAGUGUGACACUUUUGUAGUUAAAUGCUUGAAAUAUGAUUUCUUCUCUGGCCGUCAUUGCUUCAAAAAAGGGAGUAAUGGCGUUUAUCUUAAUAAUAGAAAAAAUUUGAAUUCAAUACAAAUACACUGAAACCUCACUAAACUUGAACCUCCCUUAACUGGAAACUUUCUUAAGUGGAACGACUCUUAACUGAAACCUUUUUAAAGUGGAACUUCCCGUAAAAACUCUGUAAAGUGGAACAACUUGUCAUAAUCUCCUUUUCACUGGAACCUACCUUAAAUUGCAGCUCUCCUUUCAGGAACAGUUGGAAAGCAUCAUCUCUUUAAAGUGAACAAAUGUAUUUAUACUGAAUAAGUUCCUUCUAUUGAGAAUAAUCUUUCUAAAUAAGAAAACUCUCAAGAUUUAACCUUUUAUUUGAUCCUGAGGCUGUUCAGUUUAAAUAGGCUCCAAAUUAUGAUCGUUUGUAUUACAUUGUUUACUUUUAUACAGAGCCUUUAGCCAUUUAGAUUUUAUGUGUUACAAAACAACAGGAGUCUUUAUUUUUUUAGUUUGGCCAUGAUCUACAGAGUUGGCUGAAAAAGAGAAUGUUAUUUAUUGAUAAUGAAAAAGGUGUAAAAUAUGUGAUAGAUAAUUUGAUCAAUAAAGAUUAAUUAAUUUCA